UUUCGGACAAUUUAAUAUCACGGCGAAAUAAGUGCAUUGAGAGGUUAUAUUAGGCAUCGUUGUAUUGAGCGGUUUUACUUUCAACACGAGAAAAUUUGCUAGCUGCAAUCUACACAUUUUAGCCUUGGUAUUCCUGCAAUUGCUAGCUGCUGUGCACUGCCACUAGUUUUGAGUGGCCUCGUUUGAACCAGUGCUUUAGCUAGCGAAUGUGCGGCAAUGAUCAACUUUCUUUCUAGCUAGCUAUCGACGCCGAGUAAAACAGCUGGCUAAGUAAUAUGGCGGAGGAAGGUACAAAUCUUUUGAGGAAGCUGGAGAUUAGUGUUGCCGAGGCAGAAAAACGAAUGGGCAAGAACUCGGUGAACAUACAGGAAACCUACACCGUUUACCUCAUAGAAACACGGCCAAUUGAGGCUGUUGCAGAUGGUCAGAACCCAGCCCCGGACUCAUUGUGGAGGCGUUACAGUGAAUUUGAGCUGCUGAGGAACUAUCUACUCGUCGCCUAUCCGUUUGUGGUCGUGCCCCCUCUUCCGGAGAAAAGAGCCGAAUUUGUGUGGCACAAGUUGUCCGCAGACAAUAUGGACCCAGACUUUGUGGAGAGGCGGAGGGUGGGACUGGAGAAUUUUCUGCUUCGGGUCGCCUCCCACUCGGUCCUUUCAAACGACAAGAUCUUCUACCAGUUCCUCAAAGAGGAAAAUGGGUGGAAGGAGCUGGUGUUUGAGACUGGAUUCCAGGCAAAGGCUGACUCGAGGCUGAAGGCUCUGAAUGCAACCUUUAGGGUCAAAAGUCCAGACAAACGCUUCGCAGAGCUGAAGCACUACAGCGAUGAGCUGCAGGCCAUCACCUCCCAGCUCCUGAGAGUGAGAGCUAGAGUUGCAGAUCGCCUGUAUGGUGUCUACAAAGUGCAUGGGAAUUACGGAAGGGUUUUCAGUGAAUGGAGCGCCAUUGAACGGGAGAUGGGAGACGGACUACAGAGUGCUGGACAUCACAUGGAUGCGUACGCCUCUUCGAUCGAUGACAUCCUGGAGGAGGAGGAGCACUACGCCGACCAGCUGAAGGAGUACCUGUUCUAUGCGGAAGCCCUGCGGGCGGUUUGCAGGAAGCACGAGCUGAUGCAGUACGAGCUGGAGACGGCGACGCUGGACCUGGCCAUGAAGAAGCAGCAGAGAGACGAGUUGGCCACGGGGACCGUACGGACCUUCUCCUUCAAAGGGAUGACCACCAAGCUCUUCGGCCAGGAGACCCAGGAGCAGAGGGAGGCUAAGCUCCAGGGGCUUGAGGAGCAGAUCGUGGAGGGAGAGGAGCUGGUCAAAGAGAAGACUGUGGAGUGCGAUGAGUUUGUAAAGAAUGCCUGGGUGGACAUGGUCCGUUUCAAGGAGCAAAAAGAUCGGGACCUGAAGGAGGCGCUGAUCAGCUACGCCAUCAUGCAGAUCAGUGUCUGUAAGAAGGGAAUUCAGGUGUGGGCCAAUGCUAAAGAGUGCUUCAGCAAGAUGUGACGGGACUGUGGUCUGAUUGGAGCCAGCGUGGGAGCUGAGGCCUCCGGACGGAUCUGGGUAACGGCCGUCACGGAAAACUCAACCACAGGCCUUGGAGUAAUCUUUUUUUUUUGUUUGGUUUGUUUUUUUU